AAAUGGUCUCACGCGAUGUUGAACAAAGCCCCAAAUUUUUACCAACUCUCACCGUCGCUGAGUUGCCGUUGCAGUUGGAGUGCGGCCGUCCCGGGCGUUUAGAGCAGCAUUUACCUUCCUGGGCCGACCAGGGUUUCCCCAGUCCGUUUCGGUGGUCAUUUUGCGAGUUUACGAAUUCUGGGAAAGAUAUUACUUACAACUGUCUAACUAAAGUGCGUGAGGCUCCCAUUCGUGUUUCAGAUUACUUCGAACACGUCAUCCUUCCAAAUGGCACCCUCAUCCUCUACAAACGCACCCCAGCUGUCUGGAAGAAUAUGGGCCUUCUAUGCUGGAGCCAUGUCAGAUCAACGGCCAUUUUUUCAGUCUACUUCGGUGGCUCUUCUUCAGACCCGGAACCCAUUCUAUACAACCCAGAUGUUGAUUACCCAUCGGAGCGCGCAGUACAACCUCUGUCACCUCGAAACCAGGCUAUAACCUUCCGAAAAGGACCAAAUAAUGGUGCCGUUUUGCUGGCCACUUACCGCGCCGACAUGAAAACUAUCAGGGCCGAGUGGACCAAGGACAAUGAUCAUCUCCCAUUCGGAUUUCCGGAGCCCACUGAAUUCGCUUUGGUUUUCCCUGAAUUUGUUCACGAUAACCAUUCAGGUAUAUACGAGUUACGUGUACGAAGUCAGCGUUCGGUUGUUCGCUUUAAAUACACCGUCGCUGUCGUGGGUCCUCCGGAAGUUAUCAAAUCACCUCCAGCUGUUCUCCUUGUUAUGGAAGGAAACGAUGCUAUCUUCAGUUGCGAGAUGACUCAAUUCCAGUCAACGUCCCUGAAAAUCAAUGGCGAGGAGUUUUUCCCCAACUCCGCUCAAACUACCAACAGACUCAUGGAACAGUUUCCUUAUUUAUCCAGUGCUGUUAUCCAUCCACUGGACAUUAAUGGGUCUCAUUUGGCAUAUCGUGCAACAAAUUUGAUCUUUACUCCCGGAAGCUUCUUCGGACCCACGCAUACCGUUACCAUCAUCGGUGCGAACAAUUUCGGCUACGCAGUGGUGUCCACUUUUGUCCGCGUGCUUCCUCGUCCGCGAAUACUGGAUUCCCCAGCAAACUACCCUUGUGGACCACCGUGUUUGAGCAGCACGUCGCAUACAUUUGAUUGCAAAUUGGAUUUAGCUCCAUAUAGCAUAGCUCACGUAAAACAGACGUGGGAUUGGAAUGGAACCGAUGUGUCUACCAUGCGGCGUCAGAAUGAUGAUCGAACCAUCUAUCUCGAGGAAAAGGGCACUCAGCUUCGACUUUUGCCAGUGUUGGACAUUCAACGUGCCACUCUAUUUGCCAAUUCGCGUGCUGUUUGCCGUCUCAGAAUUUACCAUCCGGCUGUAUUGGCCGCGGCUAGUUCCGGUUCUGGUGAAUUGGCUUUCAUCAAUCCAAAAUGGAUCGUGUACGAUUCCCGCAGCGAUGCUGCCGUGCAGUCUGCACUGACGGCUGAGGUAAAACUGAUACCAGACGUCACCUCUAACCCAGCUUCAGCGAGCAUUUCAUGGAUCGCCGCAGUCAUUAUCGCCAUCCUCAUCAUCCUGGUCGUUGGAGCCCUGACCGCUUGUCUUGUAAUGCGGAAUCGUGGUGAAACAUAUUUACUGGAUAAAGAAGAGCGGGCUCUGGGUAACGACCCUGAGAAAGAGCUACGGGAAAAUGAAGCAUUCCGGACAUAUGAACGAGCUGAGGAGCCUCCUCUCCAUGGCAGCCGCUGUUCACUCAACGAUGACAGUGCCGAAAUCGGUAGCGAUGCUGAUGGCGAGCUUGAUGACUAUAACCUGGAUCCGGGCAAGUUUAACGAGGAAGGCUCCUUCAUCGAUCAGUACGCCACGGAGACGCAUUACAAGGGUGCCUUGAGACUUCCAGUCCUGUCCAGGCCAUACGACCCUCUGGUUUGAGUUCAGAGCAUUUCCAUUUUUAUUAAGUCAGCUGCCCACCUACUUAUUAUCGCACAGACGUUUUUAUUGGAUGGCAAAAGCCUUUUGCAUCUUGUUCUACUGCUUCCCACCGCUUUGUUCUCUUUUUACACAUGUCUGUAUUCUAUCACCCUUUUAUUUUUAUGUCAGGUUAUGUUUUUUACUCAUGAUACGAUGCCUCUCCAUCUGAGUGACGCCGUACCUUUCUGAAGUCUUUUCUACCACGUCUUAAUUCAAGAUCUCAAAUAUACCCUUUGAAACUGGAUCCGACGCAUCAUGCGGUAAUCUAUUUCGUCUUAUUUUCCCCGACGCAUCUGCACUUUUCCGAUUUUAUGCUAUCUUCACUUAUGAUUAUUUUACUCCGUGUACAGCAUUGGCUACUGUUAUUUAGGUAACAUUCAGUUGUGUUUGUUCGCUUUUUCAGUUCAAUUGUGACCGCAUUUCUCCCUCAAUGUUGUUGAUAAAACAUCCCGUUCUUAUCGUGCAUCCAUCCGUCUUCUUCAUACGACGCCCUCAUUCACCUUAAUUUUGUCUUCUUAGACGACGACGCUCAUUCAUCCGUGUGAACCUCCAUGUUUUGA